AUGAAUGAAACCGGGAUGAUGGACGGGGAAAGUCCAUCGGAAGUUUACCUCUUCAUUCUGCCGAUCAUUGUCACACUGGGCUUAGGCGGGAAUAUCAUCUCCCUUGUCACCAUCUUUCAUUCACGAUUACGACAUAUUUCCGCAAAUGUUUAUUUAAUUGUGCUCACCGCUGCCGACAGUGUUUUCCUCUUUGGCGUUCUUUUAAUAUGUUUUAAG